GCUGCGGGGUGGCGCUCAGUCCGGCGCACUCUGCCGCCCUCAGCGCACCGUCUGUCCACCUCUGUCUCGACGCGACAUGGGUGUGGAGAAGGAAAAGCUGGACACCAGCAUAAUUAUGGACGAGGACGAGUUCAACCUAUCCAUAGAGCCCAUUCUGAUGAAGAAGGGGAAGGUGUAUUCGGAGGCGCCGGAUCGGGAUCCAAACGAGAUCAACGCGCAUCUGAAGGUGGGUUUCGAGGACGUGAUCGGCGAGCCGAGCUCCGCCCACAGCUUCGACAGAGUUUGGAUCGGGAGCCACGCCACCUUCGAGCUGGUCAAGUUCUUCUCCUACCGGCUGCUUACCACCCUGCUGGCCAUUCCCAUGGCCUUCACACUCGGGCUGCUCUUCGGAGCGCUGAGCUGCCUCCACGUCUGGCUGGUGAUGCCAGUGGUCCAGAGCUUCAUGAUGCUCCUGCCUUCAGCGCAGAAGAUAUGGAGGAGUCUGACAGAGAUUUUCAUAGCACCGCUGUUCCAGAGUCUGGGGAAAUGUUUGUCCUCCAUUCAGAUUCAAACCACAGAGAACUGAAGCAGACACCUGCUUUAACUUUUCCCUGAGUUGAUGGGAAACAUUAAAAAGGGUCGAGGGAGACGUGAGCUCUUAGAAGGUUCAAUACAAGAUAAAGAAAGAUGUGUGAAAAUAAAAGACAAUCAUUGGGAAAAAGAGGUUUAGAGUAUGACCAGAAAACCUCAUCUUGUUUUAGCAGACUCCUUUGUAGGAGAGAGACAAACUUCCGUAGCAUUUACGUGGGUUUUGUAACAAAUUGUUCUGGUUGUUGUUUCCUCUGAAGUGGAUUUGGGUGAAAUAUUGAUGACUAGGUAGUAAAAGUAUAUUUCAUGUUGUGAUGAAGAAUGUCUCAAAAAAUUGCUGUCUUCAUGUGACUUUGUUCCGAGUCUCAGACAUUAAGCGUGUGCUUUAGGUUGCAGGUUGGUGCUAGAUUUGAGUCUUAUUUUGAAGUGAGGAAGAAAGUUGUUUUGGAGUUGUUUCUCUUAUUGCAUUGAUGGAGUUGACUGUUAAAUAUUGUUUGUUGGACUAACAACUUUCUGCUUCAAUAUUAAUAAAAAAAUUAAUUCAUUUAAAAAAAAGUUUCCACCAUCUUAGCAUUGUGUGGCAGCCUUUGAUGUUUGUAAAGUCGUCAGCCAUUUGCAUCAAUUUUUAGAGUUGAAGGGCUAUUUCUGAGUUUCUUUGUGACUGCAUUUGGUCAAAUGUUUGCUGUGACAGUGAGUAGAUGGACAAGCUAACUGUUAGCUGCUACUGACGCUAAAGUUAGCUUUUUUACUAAGCCCCAGCUAUGUCAUCUCUAUUUCAGAUCUAAAAUACUCAAGAAGUUCAACCUGAAUGCUGUAAUUCAACACUAAACAUUUUUUUUUCUCAAUACCAGGUUGAUAGAAGCUUUAUUACUGAAGAAGCACAAAAACAAUAUUUUUAUUAUGUUUUUGUCAUCAAAUUUGAACUGGGAUGUUUUAUACUUAUUGGAAAUAGUUUAAAAACUCACUUACUUAUUCUUACAUUCAUAAGAGCCCAAGUUUUAUCGAUUGGAGUUAGAGUUACACUGCUGGUAGUUGAUCUUGUUUUCUUUAGACUGAAUAUUAGCUAAUCUUUACUGUCUAAUGUUCAGGUCAAUUUUACUGAAGCAUUUAAGGAAAAUGAUCAUCCAGACCAGGGGUGUCAAACUCAAAUACACAGUGGGCCAAAACUUUAAAUUGAACAAAGUCGCGGGCCAAGGUUGAACAAAUGAAUCUUUUAAUAUGGACCCAAACAAGUUCUAAUAUAACAAUAAAUAUUGAAUAAGCAAAGCUUAUCUAACUUAAAAGUGCAGGUGUGCAAAAUUGAGUUGCUAAUAAUAAUAAAACAUAUUAUUAUAUUAAAUAAAGUAUAUUUAGUAUAUGAAAUAAAAUAUUAAAUAUAUUAAAUAAAAUUUAAAUAAACAUUUAAUGCCUCCUUUCUGACGUAAAUGUCUAAUAUUAAUUUGAAAUUGCCUCGGGGGCCAAAUAUAAUUACACUGCGGGCCAAAUUUGGCCCGCGGGCCAGAGUUUGACACCUAUGAUCCAGACUAUAGUCAUCUAAUGACAUUUAUAAAUGAACUACAUAAUUAUGUGAGAUUCUCCUGGUUUUACCUGCUUUCUGUAGAUCACUGCUUUGGAUUGCUUCAGAAAACUCAAUAUUCCAUAAAUGUAUUGACUAAGGUUCAGACAGGGCAGAUGUAUUUUAAGUAAUCAGGAACACAUCCACAGUGUGUGUUUUUUAUGGGUAAUAAUCAUUCAUGUUCGAUAUGACAUGGUCUUUUUGAGCGUCAUCGAAUACUGUUUUAAAUUGUAACCAAAAUUCAUUCUUCUCAUUCCAUUUCUGUACAAGAAUCAGUUAAGACUAACUUCCUGACAUGUUAGUAGAUGUAAUUUUUCUGCUCUAUAAACAUAUGCAAAUUGUAUAUAUUGCAAACUAUUCAACUAUAAGCUAAAUGUAGUGAGCUGAAGGAGAGAAAGCAUUACAUUGCAGAAGUUUAACUGUUAAAAGCUAAAAUGUAGCAUUUACACAUUUGCAGGCAUUCACUAACAUAUCUACUGUGAUGAAUUUAGAUAACAUUGACCUUAAUGCUGGGCCUCUAUUUUAUUAUUUAAAAAUGCCAGAAGAUGAAGGAGCUUUUCUGGGAAGGAGACAUGCUGUGUUCCAGAUUGACACACGUCUACAGAAGUGAACCUUUGUGAGAUUGGGGCGUGACUGUUUGCUGUGAGGCAGAGACUCCGGUUCAGGCAAAACAAACUGCAGCUGCAAACUGAAAAGUAUCCAGGAAUGAUUUCAUAUGUUUUAGUGUUUUCAACCGUUUGGGGAAAUUUAAGUUUUAAAAAUGCUCCUUGUUUUUGCUGUUGAUGGUCUGAAAAGAACUGGUGACACAAUAACAGACCUUUAAGCUAACGUCUUACCUUAUGUUGUUGUCCUGAUGCCAAAAACACACAAUUUUGCAAUUACUAUUCUGUUGUCUUCUUCUUUGUGGUUUCCACCAGUAGUAAUAGCUGGCUGUUGAUCAUGUGACUCGCAUGAUGCAAAAAAAGUGUUUCCAUCGCAGUUUUGUGAAAUACAUAUAUUUCAGUAUGUUUGAAAAAUAUGGAAGAGUGUUAGGAACACUGGAAAAGAAAGAAAAAUAAUUCUGACUUUAAUCUAAAAAAAAAUCUGAGAAUCUGAAAGACACUUUCCACAACAAAUGUCAGAAUGAUUUUUUUUUCUUCCAGUAGCCCUCAUAGUCUUCCAUAGAAAGACCAUCACAUCUGAGUGCAAAAACUUUUUAUUGAAAAGCGAGAGGGUUUUUUUUUAAUUGGCGGAUUUCCAUUUUCCAAAUGUAUUUGAGAAUUUUCAAUUUGCACAAUUUUAUGGUCGAUGGAAAUGCAGUUAUUGAUACUCCUCUGAAUUUAUGCAAAACUUUGCUUUGAUGUUCUUUUUACAACACGUUAAGAUGCAGUUUGAAACUGAAGGACACCAUGUGUAAGUUAUCUAAAAUAAAGAUUCAUUUUCCCCCUGAGGAAA